CAUCGCUACCGGAACGUUUCUUCUUGAUCGGUGAUCCCUUUCUUUCGCGUUCACCCCUGUAUCUAUUUAUGUGUGUCUGCGAGUGUUUGGAAUAAUAAACAAUCAAACCAUUACCGAACCAGAAACGAAAGAGAACGCUAAAAUAAACGAUAAAUAACAAAGUCUGUUUUCUUGUAUAUAACUAUGAAUGGCAGAUGAGAAAAAACGCGUAGAAUCAUUGAAAGACGCCUCGUCUCGUGUGCGAAUAAUUCAUUUAAAAAAUUGAAAAAUGUUAAAAAAUUUUGAAAAGAAAAUCUUAUCGCAAUAAGCAGCGAGGAGAAAAAUUUUUUCUCUAGAAUGCGAGACAACGCAGAGUCAUGUGUGAUUGAGGAAAUCAAGAAAAUACCUAAAAUUUUCGCGUUAACUCGCAGAGGCUGAGAUGAGCAUGGAGGGGAGCAGCGGUGAAGUAAACCCGCAGGAUGCAACUGCAUCGGAUGUCCAGGUGGAUGCGCUGUCGAAAGACACGAAUGCGGAGAUUUAUGAAAAUCGCGGACCUAAGAAAAUUAUUCGCGUGGUCACCGUGAUGGCCUACCUGAUCUCAGUGAGUUUCGUAGCUAUCCUCUUAAGCGCCUAUUAUAUAUUUUUAUGGGAGCCACCGAAUCCGAGAUUGAUAGAGCGAGGAAGAUUGCGGGCGGAUCCGCAGAUGCAAUAUCUGAUCGCCACCAUACCUUCAGAGAAGACGGAUUUGAAGAAGAAAGGCAAUGACUUUCUGCAAACUGAAGUAAACCGCGAGUACAAACCUUUUGUGAGUCGCAUAGCGUACGAUGGGGAUAAUCCCAAGAUUAAUUCUCAGAACAAGAAACAGGAAAAGCUGAACGCGAUGUUGCCGAAAUUAAGAGAUUUGCUUGUGGAAACUCACGCUCAGAACCGAGAUAAGUCGAAACAUGAAACGAUCAUUUCUAGCAUAUCCAAUAAUUCGUCUGUCAAAAUAGAAAAGAUGCUCAACUCAACAAAAAUAAAAGCGAAAAAUUCGAGCGAAUUGCAUGAAAACACUACCAAAGAAAAAACUGGAAAUAGUAAUAUUGAUCCUCCAGAAGUUACAGAAAAUACAGAUCCUGUAAAUAUGUUGAAUAUUGAAAAUACAUCAACAGCUGCAACUGUACCUGAAAAUAAAACAAAACAGAAACAUUUCAACGAAAGAUCCGAUGCCAAUUUAAUUGUCAAUCACGAGAAAGACAAUCGCAAUUACCAGAAGAAAAAUAAUAUCACCAAACUGUAUCCUGUUAAAUCCAGUGAUGCGAAAAUACAACGAUACUAUACUAACGAUAUUAUAAAUGGCAGUAACUAUCGCGCUCUUGAACGCAACAAUUCUUUCAAAGCGGACGAAAAAUUUUCAAAAAUCGAUAUUCUCGACGAUGUAAAGAAGCUGAAACAAGAUAAAUCUGAUGAUCACCAGUUGAUUAAUGACAAUCGAAAAAACGAUACAAACAAUGUAUACACGAGCACUACAUCAAAAAAAUACACUAACGAUCUCACGAAUCAUCUUCUGUCUAUAAACGUCAGUGAUAAUAAUUCAAUAAAUUUUAGGCGAAAUUAUCCUUCGAGUAACCACACCGAAGAAAUUGCGCGUAAUGAAGCAUCGACCAUGUCAUCAUUUUACGACUCGGAAUACAUCCAUAACGAUUCAGGAUCCCAUCAGCCAUUGGAAUACUCGACUAUUGUAACAAGAAAUUCCGAAGAGACACAAAUCGAAAGGUUGAUUGCAAAAUUUACAACAGUAAAUAAUAAACAGCCGGAGGAAAUGGAUAUAUCGACUACGCAACAACAGAAAGGCCUUUUGGAAAUUUUGACGGAAACCACGGAUAUCGAGGAAACGUCUGUUGAGCUUACGUCGAUAUCGACAGCACGAGAUUAUCGCAACAAUUUCACUACCACUGUAAACAUUGACAAUGAUAAUAGCAUCACAUAAACGAAUAUUAGAUUUUUUAUACUUUCUAACUUAAACGUGAAAAUAUAAGCUAAAAAAAUCAAACUAGUAAUCGUUAAUAGAUUAAUAUCUAUUACUAUAUUCAUUGAAAUGCGAUUUUCCUACUCUAAGGAUAGAGAAUGUUAGAGAAGUCGCAUCGAUUUAAAUUUGCCAAAUGACAAAUCUUAUAGAAAUUAAAGCCAUUCUUCAAGGUACUAAUAUAGAAGUUAGUAAGUUAAAUAUAGACAUGUCGAUAGAAAUAUUAGUUAUAUGAAAGAUAUUGUUGAUAAAAUCAACAAUAAAUAAAAUUAUAAACAAGAUGCAUGUAUUUCAAUAUGUUUUAUAGAAUAUCUCUGU